UAACUCUUCUUCUCUCUCUAACCUGCAGGGAGACAACCAGAAUGACUGCUGGAUCUUUACCUUGGCAGUCCUCCUCAGCAGCACCUUCAUCUACAACAGCACAGGGACCAUCAACCAGCAGGCCAUGGACCAGUUGCACUAUGUGACAGAGCUGACUGAUCUAAUCAAAUCAAAGUCAUCACCUGAGCAGAAUGGGGUAGAUGACUCAGCUAACUUUAUAGGUUUCUUUCCAACUUUUGUGUGGGCUCUGAGAGAUUUCUCCCUGGAGCUGGAAGUUGAUGGAAAACCCAUUACUGCUGAUGAGUACCUGGAAUAUUCUUUGACCCUGAUGAAAGGAUCUGAUAAUAAAAGUGAAAGCUUUAACAAGCCACGGCUCUGCAUCAGGACAUUCUUUCCAAAGAGGAAGUGCUUUGUCUUUGACAGGCCUGCUCAGAGAAAGUAUCUUUCUAAACUAGAGACAAUUAGUGAAGAAGAUCUGAGUAGUGAAUUUGUAGAACAAGUUGAAGAGUUCACCUCAUACAUCUUCAGCUAUUCCAAUGUCAAGACUCUCUCUGGUGGCAUCCUAGUCAAUGGGCCACGUUUACAGAGCCUGGUGCUGACCUAUGUCAAAGCCAUUAGUAGUGGAGAACUACCCUGCAUGGAGAAUGCUGUCCUGACUUUGGCACAGAUAGAGAACUCAGCUGCGGUGCAAAAGGCCAUUGAGCACUAUGAAGAACAGAUGAACCAGAAAGUCCAGUUGCCAACAGAAACCUUCAAGGAGCUUCUGGACUUGCAAAGACCCAUUGAGAGUGAGGCCAUUGAGGUCUUCAUUAAGAAAUCUUUUAAGGAUGUAGACCAAAAGUUCCAGAAGAAAUUAGGGGAACAGCUGGUAGCGAAGCGAGAUGCCUUUAUUAAGAAAAACAUGGAUGUGUCAUUAGCUCAUUGCUCAGAUUUGCUGAAGGAUAUCUUUGGACCUUUGGAAGAAGAAGUGAAACAGGGCACGUUUUCUAAACCAGGAGGUUAUUACCUCUUUCUUCAAAAGAAACGGGAGUUAGAGAAAAAGUAUAACCAGACCCCUGGAAAGGGGCUCCAGGCAGAAGAGGCGCUGAAGAAGUACUUUGAGUCCAAGGACGAUGUGGCUGAAACACUUCUAAAGACAGAUCAGUCACUCACGCAGGCAGCAAGGGAGAUGGAAGUGGAACGUAUAAAGGCUGAAGCUGCUGAAGCUACCAACAGAGCUUUAGCAGAGAAGCAAAACAAGUAUGAGCUGCUGAUGGCAGAGAAGGAUAAGAGUUACCAGGAGCAUAUGAAACAGCUCACUGAGAAGAUGCAGCAGGAACGGGUACAGCUAAUGGCAGAAAAUGAAAAAAUUAUAUCUCUCAAACUUAAGGAACAGGAAAGGCUUCUCAAGGAAGGAUUCCAGUAUGAGAGCAGUAAACUUCACCAAGAGAUCGAGAGCAUAAAAAAGAGCCAGUCAUCUGGGAAAUGCACCAUACUCUGAAGUUCUGAGGUCUGACUCUGUUGACUGAGAACAAGCAGCGUUUGAAACAACUGUCAUUAAAUUACCUCAACUCAACACAAAUAAUCUGUAACUCCAGUCUGUGGUCACUGUAUGACACUGGACAGUGUCAGAGAAGUUUCCUCUCUGUUCAGAAUGCAUGUUUGAAUGGAGGCUCUGACUUUGGUGUUUUAGAUGUUCCUUCUCCAUGCCCAGGACACAUACUGUUUCUCUUUAUAUCUUAAAUUUUCUUAUUUUCUACUGUGUAGUGUCUACAAUCACAGAGCAGGAAACUUUUAAUUAACUCUCAAAAUGUAUUCCUUUUCAUUUCUUUUUUUUUUUUCUUGGUUUUUCCAAACA